AUGGGGAGACUCAUGCUUGCCGAAGAGGAUUGGUUGGAGAAGAACAAGCAUCGCUUCCAAUCUGGGUACAAGCCCGGAGGAAGCGGAUCGGGCGGCGGCGCUCCAAAGAACAAGACGGCGGCACGAACUGACGGCGGUGCCUCAAAGCCGGUCAAGUUGACCUUCGAGGGCACGCCGCGUUGCAAAGGCCGGUGCCGCAACUGCGGCAUCUACGGUCAUUGGGAGCAAGACUGUAAACGCCCCAAGAAAGACAAGAAGAAAGAACAGGUCCAGCCGAAGGCUAACGUCGCCAUCGGCGGCGGUGAUCAGUCGGGCGAUCGAUCUUGGGCCACGUGCGACGUCGUGCACGGGUCAUCUCAGUGUGUUCACCUGAUGGAGGAGAAGGUCGUGCCGGUGGACGUCCCUGAUGGUGUCUGGGUGCUUGACACCGGCGCCAGCAAUCAUAUGACAGGUAUGCCGUCAGCUCUGACGCAGAUUGAUACAAGUGUUCGAGGAACAAUCAAGUUUGGCGACGGCUCCAGCGUCAGAAUCAGAGGUAUGGGCUCAGAGUAA